AUGAUUACUUGUUUGAGGAAAAGAAAGAACUUGCAAAACACAGAUGAAUCAAUAUUCUUGAUGAAGAAUGGCCAAAUUUUACUAGAAAAAUCGAUUACCUCUUGUAAUGGUAAAUGUAAUCUUAUUCGCGGUUUCACUACUGACGAGCUCAAGAAUGCAACAGACAACUAUGCCCUGCAGAAAGUUAUAAGAGAUGGAUAUGUUUAUAAACUGUAUGAAGGUGUUCUGCAGGACCGCACAGUUUCUAUUAUGAAGUUCAAUGACGUUCUGGAUGAUUGUGAAGAUUGUUUCAAUAACAUUGUAUUUUCAUCGCGGAUAAGUAUCUGCAAAAAUGUUUUGAAGUUGACUGGAUGCUAUUUAGAUACUCGAAUUCCCAUUCUGGUUUUUGAACUUGUGCAGUUUGGCACUAUUGCUAAUCAUAUUUACCAUCAUUCCCAUUUUGAGGCUUUAGAAUUGUCACAAAGGCUCAAAAUUGCAAUGGGGAUAGCUAAUGCAGUUGCAUAUCUCUAUUUUGGAUUCCCCAAGCCUGUUGUGUUUCUAAAUAUCAAACCAUCAAGAAUCUUUCUCAAUGAAAAUUAUGUUGCCAAACUAUUUGAUUUUUCACUUUCUGUGACUAUUCCAGAAGGUGAAAUGUAA